CCCGAGCUUUUCAGCUGUGAUCAGUCACUGCCAUGGGGACAGCGGGGAGCUUCCUGCAAUGAGAAGGGCUAGGCUGGCGGGGAGCAAAGGUUUUUAUAAAGAUCAAUCUCUGGAAAACAACAGAUAGUUCAGGGUAGCUGAGGAUGAGCUGCCUGCCCACUGCCUUCUCCUCUGUCUUUUUCAUAGGAAUCAUGUGCUGGAUAGUUUCCGGCAAGUUUGUGGCGAGUUCUUCAGACUUCUCAGGUUAUAUCGCAAGUAUUUUAAAGAAUUAUACAGACCAUGCCUGUGACGGAGACUAUGUCUCCCUGAGAUGCCCUCACAGAACCACCAUCAGUAUCCAGGCGUCUUUUUACGGCCGUGUGGUGCCGAGUCAUCAGAUGUGUCCUUCCCGCCACCCACAAUCCUAUGCAACUUUGAUCAAGGAGGACGUCGCCUGUUCUGCUGGUACUUCCCUUCAGAAGAUACUGGAAGAGUGUCAGGACAAAAGGAGUUGCCAAUUCCUCGUCAGUAAUCGGCUCUUUGGUGUCGAUCCAUGCCCAGGAACCAGCAAGUACCUCCUCGUGUGGUAUAAAUGCAGGCCAAACGAGUAUAAGAGUAAAGUCGCCUGCGAAGAUGACAAACUGAGGCUGAGCUGCAAGCGAAGCAUGGUGAUUGCUGUUUACUCUGCGGUCUUUGGAAGGAAACACGGAGGCAGCCUGGAAUGUCCCUACCACAACGUAGGCAUCCCUGCAAUAGAAUGCCAGUCUGACUCGGCCCUUCAGCUCAUGACCCGGCGCUGCCAUGGCAAACGAAGCUGUAGUGUGUACGCCAGCACUUACGAAUUCGGAGACCCGUGUUCCCCGGGCAUCCGCAAGUACCUCAACAUCAUCUACACAUGUGUGCCUAAGAAACUGCUGCACGAAACUGAGCCAAAUCCCACCAACUACCAAGGCGCUCCACAGCCCCGCUUCCCACAGCCGCCCAGGGAACACGAUCCGAACAUCAUAGGAGACGGAGCAUUCAUCUCUGAUGCCUCAUCACCCCUCGCGGAUCACGUCCUUCCAGAAAAGAAGAAAGGGAGGUCGGCUACCUUUUACCCGUUAGACACCCGGCCCUUGUUGCUUCCAGCGGAUGAGAGGACUGCGGUGGACGGCACGAUGGAGCCCGCGGGUACAGGCCCAGAGAUGGAGCUACUCAGCAACAUCCUGGCAGCAUCUUCCUUCAUCACAGAAAACCCGGAGCGUGCUGCUCUGUACUUUGUUUCUGGCGUGUGCAUCGGCCUCCUCCUGACCCUGCUGGCCUUGGUGAUCCGAGUUUCCUGCAAGACGGACUGCAAGCGCUCACAGUCAAAGAAGCCUCCGCGGGAGAGCGACAGCGACAGCAGCGAGAGCGACGAUGACUCAGACACCACCUCGGACCUGUCGGCCCGCCGGCAUCGCAGGUUCGAAAGGACUUUGAACAUGAACGUCUUCACCUCUGCCGAGGAGCUGGAGAGGGCCCAGCGGCUGGAAGAAAGGGAGCGCAUCAUCCGGGAGAUAUGGAUGAACGGGCAACCGGACAUCCCAGGGACCAGAAGCCUGAAUCGCUACUACUAAGGCUUGACCCAGUUGACCAUUUGGUACUACAUAGAUGACACCUUCUAAGCCUGGCAGAGAGGGGCCUCACUCUAUAAUGUCUUCCUUUCCUUUCCAAAGAGCUUAUGGAAGGAUCGCCGACAACGAGCAAUAACGCUUCCCAUCAUUCCAUUUGAGCCUCGUAAUGGCUACCCAAGUCAGGUUACCAACAAGUAUUUGCUUCACAAAAAUAAAAAUCCUCUUGUUACGGGAGAACGGAAGGCCAGUCGGUGUUAUUUUGGCUGCAACAGGAUGUUUUGAGAUCACGAUAUUUUGGAAGGUUUGGAAAUUAUGGCACAGAGUCUUUCUCAGCUGGUUCGUUUUCGCUUUUUGAGUGUCCUGAUGAGGAACUUGGUAACGAAUAUUGCAAGAUACGUGGGCUGUAUCCAGAGGAUGUCUUAUGCAAGCAGAAGGCACUUUUGUCCGUGCAAGGAGGGGAGGUUCCUACAGUGUCUAUAGGUUCACUGCCCCUUGUUGCAUUUCUCUGCAUUUGUAAGGCUCUCAUAUGUUCAGAAGUGGCUUCUGGAGAGCAGGAAACAGCAGGAGAGCUCUGUUCCCAUGUGCAGAAGUCCACUCAUGCUCCUUAGGAUCCAACCUCAUGUUGGCGACGAAGGAACGGCAGCUGGGAGGCAUGGUGAAUGACCGUCCUGUAACUUCAGAAAAUCGUGGCAUUACCCUAGUUGCAAAAGAAGAGGGUGGGGGGGGGGAGAAAAAGGCCACUUCAGAACUGGGGAUUCCCGUACUCUGAAAUCAUCUUGGUGCUUGGAUGUUCAGUAGUUUAGAACUUGUUUAUUUAAGACUGUGGUUUUUAAACCUUUCUGUUCAGUGACAGCAUUUUUUUAUUGACACCUCAGGGAUCAAAUCCUUCCCCUUGACCCGAGUGAAUCAAUACCCCCUGUUGCCCGCCCCCCCCCCCCCCACUUUCUACACAUUCUUCUUCCAACAGGGACUAGAUGGCGUUAUAGGAGCCAUGCCAGUGAGGGGUGAACUCUUAGCCUCAAAGAGGUCGAAAGAUUUGUGUUUGUUGGUUUAAAGAAAAAAUAUAUAUAUAUAUAUUUGAAAAUGCUGCACAGUGAUGUGCCUUAUUGAUUACUGGUGUUAAAAUACAGUUUCCUUACAGGCGACAAUGCACAUUGUUUUAUAUGUUUUAUUCCAAAUAAAAUAUAAACAGGAAAAAAAA